AUGGAUUCAUUUAGUACAGGUAGCGACGUUGAGGAUACAAAUGACACGAGGCUUAAUUACAAAAAUCUUCCGACGACAGCCUUUCUUGAACAAGUUUUGCUCUAUAUCGAGACAAAUAGUCCCCUGAAUCUUACAUCUAUUACUGAGCUUAUUAGGAAGGAGAUGGUUAUGCGCGUCGCAUCUAUCGAAGAUCGUUGUUCGAAAGUGUGGCUGUUCUCGAAACUUGUAAAACUCGGAAUACCUUCUUUUUAUUUAUUUAUCGCCUUGUUUUUGUCUGCAAGUAUGACAGUCAGGCAUAUGUAUAAGCAUUCUGUCUAUCUCCUUUGUAAUUUGUUGGGCGUAGUCUAUCCAGCUUAUCGUUCGAUCAAAGCUAUUGAAAGUCAAAAUUCAGACGACACAGACGCGACAGUUGAACAAAGACAAUGGUUGACUUAUUGGGUAGUUUAUGGUUGGCUUCAGGUUGCGGACUAUUGGUCUAGUUGGCUUCUCAGGGUAAUCCCUGGAUAUAAUUUCUUUAAAUUAAUAUUCUUAUACUGGGCACAGAAUGAUAAUUCCAGAGGUGCAACAAUAAUCUUCGAGCGUAUCCUAAAGCCUUUGUUACGUAAGCCUUCUAAAAAGAUAGACAAGACACGAAAAAUGAAACAGUCAACUCGACAACGACAGCAGCACGAUCAGUUCGCCAGAGAAAUUACAGAGAAUUCAUCGGUUCAUUCUUCAAGUAUUCCCUAUAGACCACCGAUUCCACUUGAGACCAUUUGGGGAAGAGAUCCGGAAACACGUGAAACAGAGGUAAAACCAUACCGAUUGAAUAACGUGUAG